AUGGCGAAACAGCUAUCAUCCCCUCUCCCCAACGAGUUUGGCAUCGCCACACUCUCCCUCGGCAACUGGCGACACCACCCUCUCCAACCGCGCCUCGAAGCAGCCGCGAAAGCGGGAUACAAGUGGGUCGACCUCUUCGACGAGUGCUGGGCCGCGUAUCUCGAAGAGCACGGCCUCCCAGGCGACGAACUAUGGGAAUCCACACCGUCCAAUCUCCAAGUCGCGCGCAAGCUCGGCGACCUGGUCAAGUCCCUUGGGAUGCGCAUCGCAUGCACGCAGCCACUACGCAAGAUCGAGGGGAUUAAGGACCCCAUCGAGCGCCGCGAGACACUCGACCUCGUCGCGAAGCGGUUCCCUUUCAUGCGCGCGUUCGACACGGACCUUGUCUUCAUGUGCGCCAGCAUCCGCGCCGACAGCGGCGCCACGACCGAUCUGCAGACGGUCGCGAGGGAUCUGGCUGAGCUGGGCGAUAUGGCAGCGGCGUAUGCAGAGGCCGACGGCGGGCCGAUGCUGAAGAUCGGAUACGAGGGGCUAUCGUGGGCGACGCGUAACAAUACCUGGUCGUCAUCGUGGGAGGCAGUGCGGUUCGCGAACCGCGCCAAUGUCGGGCUUGUCAUCGACGCGUUCAACGUCCUGGCUGUGGAAUUCGCGGACCCGCAUAAUCCGGCGGGCCAUGGGCGAUUGUUACCCACGCUGCAGGAGUCCAUUGAGGUCCUCACGGCCUCCCUUUCGGCCUUGGUCGCGACUGUGCCGGGAGAUCGCAUCUUUUUCUUCCAAUGUGGCGAUGCGGAGCUUGUUGAUCCGGCGGUUAUCCGACCACCUGCACCGGAUACCCCUGCUCUUCUACCGUGGUCGCGAGGCCAUCGUCUGUUUCCACUUGAACAGGCUCGCGGUGGGUAUAUGCCGGUGGAGUUGGUUGCGGCGGCGGUGCUUGCCACUGGAUAUAAGGGGCCCAUCUCGUUGGAGGUCUUCAAUCAUUCUUUGAACCAGGCUGGAGGGAAUGUUCCAGGGGGGCACGCAACGCGUGGCCUAGCCAGCUUACAGAAGCUCCUCACCAUUGCAACGAAGCUGCCGCCGUUCUGGAGAGGUAGAGGAGAGGCGAAAGAAGCGGUUGAUAUGGUUGUUCGGCGGUUGCAACCAAGCACGUCUCAGUUAUAAAUGUAUUCCAAAAGGGUAGCAGAACUCGGUUGCAUAUAUCCAACCCUCUACAAAUCGGCCAACCUUUCAAGCUCCUUCGCAAUUACAUCCAGUAGAAUCUCCUCACUCCCACUACUAACCACCAGCACUGGCACAUCACGGCUACUCUGCUCCACGCGCCACCUUAACUUUUACGUUACUGCCUUCGGAC